AUGCAUAAUGACAUACACAAAUUUAUACAGCGCUGUCCCACGUGCCAAUCGUAUCAGCCCUCGAAGCCACGGGAACCCCUAAUAAUUAAACCAGUCCCAGACUUACCAUGGGAAAUAGUAGCUGUCGAUUUAUUCAAUUUCCAAGGCGACACUUACCUCCUUAUCGUUGACAGCUAUUCAGGAUUCUUUGAUUUAGCCAUCGCACAUCAAACAACUACAACUAAUAUAAUAAACAUACUAAAGCCGUGGUUUUCCACACACGGCAUACCAUCAGUUCUUGAAUCCGACAACGGCCCACAAUUCUCAUCCCAGGAAUUUGCAGAAUUUAUGAACGCUUGGGGAAUCAAACAUCACACAUCGAGUCCGAACUAUCCACGUUCCAACGGCUUGGCAGAACGAUAC